AUACCACGGCUCUCACGCCUUUCUCGCGACGACAGUCUUCAAUCAGCGACGACGAUCAUCUCCGCCGACCAUCGCAGCUACGAGAAAGCCGACUCUCGGUGACUCUUAUACACGGUGGAAGCCUCGAUCUCCAUAGUAUCGAUAGCGCCCGAACGACGCUGCCAAAAUGAUUAUCCCGGUUCGCUGCUUCUCUUGCGGCAAGGUGACUGGCGACUUGUGGGAGCGCUACUUGAAGCUUAUUGACGACGGUAUCGCUGAUGGAGACGCUAUGGACGAGCUCGGCCUCAAGCGAUACUGCUGCCGUCGCAUGAUCAUGACCCACGUCGAUCUGAUCGAGAAGCUGCUGAAAUACACUCCCGAUGGUCGUAACGAGAAGAAGAACAACCUGCCCGCAUAAGUAGGCGCAUCCAGACGGCCAUUCGAAUGACCUAGGGUCUUCACAAACACGAACAAAGCAUUGCAAGGCGUUUAAGGGUACACUGGAAGGAGGUUUUCGAGUCACGGAGCAGAGCAGGCACUGAGACUAUGCGCCAAGGCUAGGACACGGCAAGCAUGUCUGAUAAGCUUGUACGAACGCCAGAUCUUUUGCUCCGUUGACUGAAGUCGGCGUCUGGUUCAGCUCGUAAGCCUCGACGCGCGAAUUUGGAUUCUCAGCGCUGUCACUACUGCCUGUACAAACACCCCGUUUGCAUUUUCACAACGGAAGUAAUGCAGUCAGGCAUCCUGCUCCACUGGGCCAAACCAGAGGAGAUCGAGUAAUGUGCCGUGCCAGAGGUAGUGAGAUCAGUAGAAAGCCGGGGCUAGCAAACCGCAGGUGGCGUUGGCAAUGUCACCAGUGCAUCACUCUGGCACCAGCCAUGUCAUGGUCAGUAAGUUGCCGAUGAUACCAGUAUAGGUAUCAUCCGUCAAGCACAGCCCUGGAAGUCUGCCUCAGAGUACAGAAUACAAAUGAGCUCAUUUUCGGGCCUGGUUUCCAUUCCACGGCUCUUGUCCCAA